AAUGUGCAGCGGGGGAGCGGGUGGUGGGUGGUGGAGGCAGCGGCAGCUCGAGCUGGGAGCUGGGAGCUGGUGACAGCUCUAAGCAGCCCAGUUUCCCGGAGCGGACCCGGGCUGCCGGGGUCGGCUGAGCCGGUGCGUGGAGGCGAGCGAGUGUUUUCGAAGUUGUCCCCGAGGUUGGCGGUUGGAUGUCGGUGCCCGGGGCACACCUGGUGAUGGUGUGAAAGGGAGGGCUCCAGCACCUUGUCAGGGAGGCAGGCUGCCCAGCCCACUGCACUCCGGCCCAGCCCACUCCCAUCACUCAGGCUCAGACUGACAAACUUCUGCCUUGUUGCAAACAACGGGUACAUAAAGUUGCCUUCUCUUCUCCCAAUCCAUGAUGAGUGCCAAAUCCGCUAUCAGCAAAGAAAUCUUUGCUCCACACGAUGAGCGUAUGCUUGCAGCAGUCCAGGUCAAGAGAAGAACCAAAAAAAAGAUUCCAUUUCUCGCAACAGGAGGUCAGGGCGAAUAUUUGACCUACAUCUGCCUAUCAGUGACCAAUAAGAAACCAGCACUGGUGUCUGUUACCAAAGUCAAGCAAUUUGAAGGGUCAUCAUCUUUUGUGAGAAGGUCACAGUGGAUGCUUGAUCAGCUCCGACAAGUGAAUGGCAUCAAUCCCAACAGGGAUUGUCCUGAAUUUGAUCUAGUGUUUGAGAACACCUUUGACCAGUGGGUUGCAAGCACAGCCUCCGAGAAAUGCACUUUCUUUCAGGUCCUUCACAAUAUUUCUCAGCGAUAUCUUUCCGACAAGAAGCCAGAGUUCAUCAAUUGCCAAUCUAAAGUGUUGGGAGGAAAUAGUAUCUUGCAUUCGGCUGCAGACAGUGUUACAAGUGCAGUCCAGAAAGCCAGCCAAGCCUUGAAUGAACGUGGGGAAAGGUUAGGCCGAGCUGAGAAACAGACUGCAGAGAUGAUGAACAGCUCCCAGCAAUUUGCUGAAACUGCACACAAGCUUGCAAUGAAGCACAAAUGUUGAGCAGUUGCCAAACCAUUUGAGAGUUGUGUCCAGGGUGAUCUUCACGCAGAGUGACAGAAGUUUGUUAAUGUGCAUUUCCUUUAAUGGAAAGUUAUUUCUUCAAACUUGAUGCUGCCAAUAUUAGAAUAUGUUACAAUUUUUUUAAAAUUUCAUUCGCAAUGUUUAACAAAAUUAGAAAAUAAUCUCGAUCUUUUUUUCAGUGUCUUAGAUAUCAGGUUGUUAGUAGCCCUGAAUGAUAACUAGGCUUUCAACUUAGACAGCUUUUAAUUAAUGUAGUAUUGUAUUACACAGUAGUGAUAGAAAUAUGAGUGAUUAUUUUUUUAAAAUUAUUUAAAUCUUGAUAAACUGUAUUGUGGCUGAAGAUUUUUGUGAUAGGAAUCGGACUUUUCAAACUAUAAUGUCACUCAAACUGUGACUGAGCAAUAUGUUAUGUCUAUUUUUAAUUAUGUGACUCCUUAUUUUAAAACCAUCCAGUAAUUGUCCAAUUACUGUGAACUAUACACUGAGGCACUCAUCCUGGCUCAUGAGGAAAACUGGGGUAUUGCAAAGCUGCAAAUGCAAUGUAGGAAAUUCAUUUCUUUUUCAACCUGUGUGGUAAUUAGCACGAGUAUAUUAUUGAAUAGUAUAAUGGAAAAAUAAUUCAGGUAAAUUCUUCAAUAUGAAACAUGUUUUUUUCCUGUAAAAUGUCACAGACUUGGGUAGAUUAUGAUAAGAGUGUCACACUUGGCCACUGGUGUUUUGUAACAGUAAAACACUGCAGGUAAACUGCUUGUACAACUACUUUUAAAAACCCAAAGGCAAUCCUGACAUUUGGUAUAUGUUGUUAAUGCUGACUGCAGCAGAAUGUGUGCUGUGAAGUUCUGUGCCUGUCUCUUCAGUGUGUGAGUUAUUGCUCUGCUCUAUUGUUUCCAACCUUGGAUAUCAUUAAAACAUUUUAAUUGUGCAAUA